AUGCCCCGACGAGUAGUCCAAGUACUCGAGUGGUUUCAACAGUUGUACGUCCAAACGGAAUCGUUCAGAUCGGACGAGGAGUCACAACGUGUCCGUGAGGCGGGCAAUAAUUGCUAUCGCAAGGAACAUCAUCCACUCAAGGCAUGCGAUCUAUAUACAGAGGCUAUAUUUUUAGCGCCCGUCGAAGAGGAUGCAGACAAUACGACAGCGGCAAUGGCGCAUGCGAAUCGUUCGACUGUGUUGCAUGAUUACGGCAUGUAUGAGGAAGCCUACGACGAUUGCCUGUGCGCGCUGGAACUCGGCUAUCCCGAAGAGUAUAACGCGUUGAUCAAACUACGCCAAGCCGCUUGUGCCUUAAAGUUGCGUAACUUUGCGCUCUGCGAACUGCAUGUGCACGAGCUGCUGCACAUGGAUCUCUCCGAGGCGUUUGAGGCGCGCACACACGAACUUUGGCACGAAUGCGAGGUGCUGAAAUCGGAAAAGGUCGAUAUGGGCGUGCAAACAGAUGACGAUCAUUAUGUGGCAGCGGCCGCAAUGGCACCACAACACAUACUGCACGGGAGCAACAGCAAUCGGCUGAAGGUCUACGAAGUCGCCUGGUCGGACACGUCGAACGCGAUUACAACGACACGUCGCGCCUACUUGCGCGCCACCACAGACAUUGUGCGCCACAUGCCGAUCUUCAGCGAGGAAGCCGCCAUCUUUGUGUCCAGCGGACAGGCGCGCAUUUGCGACAAUUGCGCCAUCACACAAUUCAUACCAUUUCCAUGCGACUACUGUUCGAAUCGCACAUCCGUUUAUUGUUCGCGUAAAUGUCGCGCUCAACACUCAUCCAUACACGUGCUCGAAUGCUUCGCCCACCAGAUUGAGCUGUUCGAAGAAUUCGGCGACGCGUUCGCCAAACCGCGCCUACUGCAGCUCGCCUUUCGCAUGCUCAUCACCGGCUUGCCGCAGGUGAUGCCGCAUUGUCGCAAACGACCGACGGUCAACAAAAUGUGGAACGCCUUCAAUGGCAUACUCACCGAACGCACGGACAUACCAUAUUCGGCGCUGUUGCGCCUCGAAGCGCACCUCGAUAAAAUCGACACCGAGACAACUGUUUCACUCGCCAUUGCCGCACACAUACUAGCCAUCUAUUUGGCUGAAUGCACGGACUUUUUCGAGCACCUCGAUCUCAUGAUGCCCGCCACAACGAAAUUGACGCGCAGCGAAUGGAUCCUACUCUCGGCCGCGCUGCUAUUGCGUCACAUCGGCCAACUGAGGCACAAACAUCUCACGCACUGCCCGUCCUUUGUGUUGCCCGCAGAUCCGCACAUACUGUCGCCGCUGCACGAAUUCAGCCUAUGGUCGGCGGUAAAACACAUACGGCAGGGACAAUUGCAUUUGUUGGCCGGCGAUGUGGCAUGCGUCGCUUACGCCGUCUAUCCGCAAACGUUGAGCCUGUGUCGGCAAUCGUGCGCCGGUCAAGUGUAUCGUAAACACUCCGGGCGUCAGGUGACCGCUUAUGCUACAUGUGACAUCUUGUUGGGCGCUUGCAUUGGUAACUGUUUCGUUUACGCUGGUGAUUAUCGACAAUCGUUGUACGAGACACGGAGGCAAAACCUCAAGGCGCGCGGCAUUGACUGCAAGUGCGAAAAGUGUUUUCGUCCAUAUCCGGAUGAGGAUUUUCAUAAAUUUCAUCGCUAUCGCUGUGAUAAUCCCAAAUGCAUGCAAAUAUUCACACCGAACGCCAGCGAUUUGAAAUACACGAGCAAUUUACGCUGGUGGCGCAGUCCAUAUUAUACACACCCAAACAACGAGGGCGCCGAUCUGUUGGUAUGCAGCGCCUGCGACGAAACGCAAAAGCUGGAGUGGUUUUGGACCUUCAAUGCGGCGCUGAGCGAUUGCGAUUCGGUUGAGAUGCGUUGUAAGUUGUACGCGGCCGUUGAGCGAGCCGAUACGCAACUCGUUGAAAUGAACGAGUGCAAAGUCGCUUUGGCGCGCCAACUAGUCGAGCAGUGUUUAUUGAUGCAUCGAGAGGGUCACAAACCGCUCGACGAUUGGGAAUUCAAUAAGCUGGGCUCGAUUAUGCGUAACGCUCUCAAUAUUGUAGCUGCACAAUGUGGUGUCUUUAGCAUAGAAUAUAUACAGCAUAUGUCCUAUUUUUGGGACAUCAUGGCGCUAAGCAAUUAUAAAUGUGGCGAUAAGGAACUGAUGCAGAUGUUACAAGCGCUCGAAUACAUACCGGAUGAGUAUAAAGAGAUCUUCAUCAACUACUAUGACGACUUCAUAACACCGAAAUUCGCCGAGGAAACCUAUACCAGCCUCAUGGAUACGCAAGUCUAGUGGAACUCAUUGUAGCAAAAACAAAUAUAGAACUUUAGAAAGCAAAAAACCCAAAAAGAGAAACGCUAGCUAAGAAAAAUUAAGCAAUUACAUAAAACAGAAAGCAAAACCACUUUCAAAAACAUGAUCACUCACUAAACUUAAAACAAAACUAAGAAACUAUAUGUUUAAGAAAUUUAAGAGCAAUGUUGUAAUUUAAACUCAAAACUCGUUACCCGGUACUCGAGCGCAAAACAGGAGCAGACACCCACAGGCCACACACAAAUACUUAACAAUGAAAGAACAGUAAGACAAAAUAUUGAAGGUAUUAGUAGCAUGAAGAAGAAAAAGAAUGUACUUCUGUCGCUCUUAUUUUCCAUUCUCAUUGUUUUUUCCUUCUCAUAAAGUCGUCUUUAAGCGGAAAUACUCUUUAGAAAAAAUUACAAAUAAGCUUAACUAAAAAUACUUAUAAAAAAAUUUAAAAUAUAUUAGGUAAAACACCAAAAUACACUAAGGUUAUUGAGUGAAGUAGUAUGCUGAGAGCGUAAAUGAGGGCUAACUAUAUAUAAAAUGGACCUGAAAUACUAAAAAGCUGAGCAAAACUAGCAAAAGAAAGCACAUAAUAGGAAAUAUAAAUUGUAAAUAUACAAGUGGAAUAUUGGGAAUCGGUAUUAGCUGGCGCUUAGGUGAAAAAUUAAAAUUUAUGUGUUGCAUACCUUUUGGCGUAUAACUAUGAAAGUGUAAAAAUGUUAAAUCAUAGGCAAGUGAAGCUUUCCUGAAUGAAUUUUACUAUGAAUUGUUGGUGAGAGACUUACAUUUUUCGAUAAAGCAUCGUUUUUGAAACCGGGAUCCCGAAAUUAUUUUUCGAGAUUCUACAAAUUGUUGAUGCAUAAACUAUGUUACAAAAACUAAUAAUAUUAUAGUACCUAGAGUGAUCUCAGAGUAAUUCGAGAUCCCGAAAUUAUUUUUCAGGAUUCUAUAAAUUUUUAACAUUGCAUGCAGUAAUCAAAUUUUUUUAGUAACUGGAGUUAUAUCUUUUUUAAUCUGUUAAAAUAUCUCUAUACUGACGGGAUCCCGAGUCUAAGAAUAAGUCUAUUAUUGAAAGAAACAAUGAAAGAAACACGAAAUCGUGAUAUAUGUAUGUACAAGUGUUUUAUUUGGGAAUUUCGACAAAAUAGCUUAGGUGAAAUUUGACAAUUCUGCGUCGCAUACUUUUGGGAUGAAGUGUAAAAAUAUCGAAAACUUUUCCAGCAUAAAUUGUAAUAUUAAGACUUAAUUUUAUAAUGGUUUGUGAGCUUAGAAUUUAAAUUUAAAAAAAUUGAUUUGUUAUCAAAACGGAAUCCCGAAAUUAGUUUUCGAGCUUCUGCAAAUUUUUAAAUUUUUUCAACUACUAAUAAAAUUGUAAGCAAAUGUUGUUGUACACAUUAAAUAUACAACUUUAAUAAACGGGAUCCCGAAAUUAAUUUUCGGGAUUUUACAAUAUUUUUCAACUAUUGCGCCGACAAAUAUAAUUAUUAGCAACCGCGUUGAUACGAAUUAAAUUUCCAACUUUAAAUACCGAGAUCCCGAAAUAAAUUUACGGGAUUUUAAAAAUUUUGGAUGGCAUUUUUUCUUAUACCAACGUUUAAAAAAAAUUUCGGCAUUUGUGAUGAUAUGUAUUAGCUAUACAACUUUAAAUAACGGGAUCCCGAUUAUGUAAAAUUGUAAAACAUGUUGGUAAAACGAGAUUCCGUAAUCAAUUUCCAAAAGUUUAUAAAUGGUUGCUUCAUUUAGUACAACUUUAAGUGUCUGAUAGUUAUUAAAUAUGUAUAUAAAUAUAAAUAACGGCAUUCCGAAUUCAUACUUUUAGGCGCUUAUGCCAUACAAAAAAUUUCAAGCUAAUUUAAACAUUUCUGCUAGCGCCAACUAAACCUAAAGGUCUUCAAAAUUCCACUAGUUCAUUUCACGUACACACAAAUUUAGAAAUACAUACAAACAAAAAUAUGAACAGUUAUACAUGUAGUUGAAUCAAAACUUAAACGAACAGAAUGUCGUAUGCCCACUGUACUUAAGGUGCAAAAUCCAGCUCGAUUCAUACUCAUAAACAUUUUUCAAAUACUCGUACUCGUAAUCAGACUUCUCACUUACUUGUAGUACAAUAAACUAUGUAUUUAAUGAAAUAAAAUAGUAAUAAUAUUAUAUAAAUAUUAGAAGACAAAGAAGAAACUUUAGGAAAUACAUAAACUAAAACUAAAAACUGUAAAAACUGUUGAAAAAAUGUGCAAUAUUAAAAAAAAAACAAUGUUGGAAGCAGAUAAGCAGCAAAUCCGCGGCACGAGAAAGAGGCUAUAAUAUUACGCUCUAAAUAUAUAACCAGAUAUGAAUGUAUAUGAUAUGCGCCUAAAACUAGAUCUACAAAAAAUUUCAACUGUUAACUGUACGCUAAAGGCUAUAGCAAUGGCGUUGUUCAAAAACGCAUAUAUAAAAAGAGCUUAAAACCAAAAGACAUUGUCGGCAAAAAGACAUACUUAUAAACUUGAAAAAUACAUAUGUACAUAUAUAAAUUUAAAUAAAUAAUUUUACAACAACCACACACAUCAGAAAUUUCAACGAACAUAAAUCCGCAAGCACAAUUCGAUUUACUUUGCUGGAAUUAUCCAAACGAAAAGUGUUUAGCCUAGGACAUGAAGAAAUGCUAUUGAAAAUGUAUGCCGGCUGCUUAUUGCUCCUUAAAGUAUGCUUUUUUUAAAUUUGAAUAAAACAUUUAGAAGUAAAAUGGGUACGUUGGAACUAAUUCGAGAGGAAAUUUGCGUUGUGAAAAUUUUAAGUAAAAUUAUAUAAAAUAAAUUAUUGGUAUAGAGGCGGAUCAGAUCAUUGGAGUGAGCAUAAAAUUUUAAGAAAAUAUUGUAGUGAAUUCUUUUGGAAAAAAGAGUGAGAUUGAUAAGUUUUAGUGAAAGAGCAGUAAAUUAUUGUGGCGUGUUCUAAACAGAUUUAGGUUGUUUAGAAAUAAUAUAAAAUAGUUAAACAUUUUUUUCAUUGGGGGUAAUUCUUAAAUGAAAGAUUUUAAUAUUUUUUAUAUUACAUUUUUGAAAUUUUAUCCCGAAAAACUCGAAACAGUAAAUCUCGAAAUAUCGGGAUAGCAGAACUUUUUUAUUAUAUUAUCGAAAGUGGAUCCCGGAAAUUUUGAAAAAUAUUAGUCCCGACGUUUCGGCUUUUCAGAAUUUUUAUUAUAAUUUAUUACAUGUAAUUAAAGAAAAAAGUCAUACUCAUAUUUCAACGGAAUCACGUAAAUUUGCGAUAUCUAAUUUGAAAGGUUUAAAAAAAUUAACGAAAAAGUUUAAAAGCUGCUUGAUUUUUGUACUUAAUUCGGGUAGAAUUCAGCAAUGAGAGAUACUGACAUUUUUUAUUACAUUUUCGUAAGUAAAUCCCGAAAAAUUAAAAAAAGGUGAAUCCCGAAAUUUCGGGAUUUCUGAAAAUUUUGCGUAGUUUUUUUAAUUUUAAAAACACAAUGUAAAUAAGCAAAAAGUCAUACUUUUAUUUUAACGAGAUCCCGAAAAUUUGCGAUAUCUAAUUUAAAACAUUUAAAAAAUUUAUGGAAAAAGUCAAAAAAAUGCAUGACUUUUGAACACAUGUCAAUUCGGGUACAAGUUAUGACCUGGAUUAUGUCUGGAUUCGUAACAUGAUUUUGCCAUAUUUCAUUCGGUUAAAGAUAAAAACCGAAAAAGUAAGUUAAAGUGAAGAAAUUUUGACUAUUUCGAAAUUUCGGGAUUUCUUCUUUUAUUUAACCAAUUACUUUUUUCAGGUACAAUGUAGUUAAAAUUUCUAAAAACUCUCAAAUACAAACUCGAAUAAAGGCUUACAUUUUUUCGGAUCCCGAAAUUUCGGGACUCUAUUAUGUUUAACCUAUUAUUUUUUUAAAAAACACGCAAAAAUAGGUAACAUUUAUAAAAGUUCUCAGGUAAACGCUUAAAUUUUUACGGGAUCCCGAAGUUUCGGGACUGAAAAUUUCUUUAAAUUUUUUAUUUCGUUUUGGAAAAAAACGUAUCAUGUGACGCAAUUUUGUUAUAAAUAAAUAUUAAACUUUAUUGCUCACUCCUCAAGGACAUUUGAUCUGACUGCCUGAGUUAAAUAAAAUAUUAAUAAUAUAGAAUAGAUAUGAAAAUCAAAAGAAAAUAAACCAAUUAUUUUAGCUUCCGAGAAGCCUGCGAACAUAUUAUGAACACAUAAUUUUAAAUUAAAUUAAUUGUAAAUUACAAAAAAAAAACUUUAAAAAUAUUUUAAUUAUGAAUAUCUAAAUUGUAAACAAGCAUAUGUUUAAUGGAAAUUUCUGGUUGAACUCGUCACUAGUACUUUAUUAAAUAGCAUAUCAAAAACUAGUUAUAUAAAUACAAACACAAACACAUUCGUCUUACAUAUGUGUGUUCAGAGUAAGCGAUGAUUCUUUAUUUGUAUAAGAAAUCUGAUAUGUUCGCUUAUUAUAAUCCUAAUUAUAGAAAAUAUAUUAUUUAAUUCUACUUUAUGUUUAAGAAAGUAAGAAAAAAUAUUUAAUAAGGCGAACUCACGUACAAUUCAUGACAUUUGAGCUUCUGAUUCAUGUUACCGAGUGCACACUGUACUUUGAAUUUAAGCUAGUAAAUUCUUUAGUAAAAUUUUUUUGUUAAUAAUCAUAUACAGAUGUACUUAAAGUUGUUGAAUAUUUUUAGUAAUUUGUAUCCCACUCAACUGUAGUACCUUACGGGCAUACCCUUGUACCCACAUAACCCCAAACUGAGUUUUCUUACAUUAUCACUACCACACUACCUUACGUAGUGCUCAUCUUCAUAUUUAAUCACGUACCUAAAAAAGUGUUGAUAGUAAAAUAGUCAAAAAUGUACAAUACUUGUUUUGAGAGAAUUGUAGAGCGUUUAGUUAAACGUUUUCUAUAAUUAUGGACACUUUUUUUUAAGAAAAAUAGUUUCAGGACACGAAUUUUUAUUUAUUUUUUGUACUUAAAUAAUUGAAUUACCAUUUUAUGAAAUUUUUACCAUUUUCAAAACGAAAUCCCGAAACAAUUUUCAUAAUCCCGAAAAAAAUUUUCAUAUUAUGAAAUUUUUAUGACUUACGGAACACCGAAAUUAUUUUUAUAAUCCCGAAAAUAUUUCCAAUCCCGAAAGAAGUUUCGAGACUUUAUUGCUAAUUUGUAGUCUGUACUUAAAAAAUAAAAUUUCCAUUUCAUGAAUUUUUUAUAAUUUACGAAACGUAACCUCGAAAUAAUUAUUAUAAUCCCGAAAAUUUUUCGGAGCUUUAUUGUUAAGUUAUUUUCUCUACUGAAAUAAUAAAAUUUCGUUUCAUAAAAUUAUUGUAAUUUACCAAACGGAGUCCCGAAACAAUUUUCAUAAUCCCGAAAAAAAUUUUCAUUAAAGAAAUUUUUAUGACUUACGGAACCCCGAAUAUUUUUAUAAUCCCGAAAAAAUUUGCCAUCCCGAAAAAAGUUUCGAGACUUUAUUGCUAAUUUAUAGCCUGUACUUAAAAAAAAUUCCAUUUCAUGAAUUUUUUAUAAUUUACGAAACGGAACCUCGAAAUAAUUUUUAUAAUCCCGAAGAAAUUUUCAAAUCCCAAAAAAUUGUUUCAGAGCUUUAUUGUUAGGUUAUUUUCAGUGUUUUAAUAAUAAAAUUUCUUGAAAUUUGUAUAGUUUACGAAAUGGAAUUCCGAAAUUAUUGUGAUAAUCCCAAAAAAUUUUUAAGGUACUUCAUUGUUAAUUUAUUUCCUGUACUUAAAUAAUAAAAAUGUUUAUUGAACUUUUACUUUAUUUUUCGGGAUCCCGAAAUUUCUAUGCAAAAAUAAUAUUCCAGUAUUUAUAACGCUUUGAACGAAACGCUCUACAAUUUUUAUAUAAUUAUUUAUUAGUAAUAUACACGGCUGAUAUACAAACAUAUGUACAUACAUACAUACAUAUAUUCAAACAUACAUAAAAGCAUAAUAAGGUAUAAAAAAUAUAUGCAAUGAAAGAUAUUUUUGAAAAGAGUAUUCGCUGCUAAGUCAAGCGCUAUACUUCCUGCUAUAAACACGCUUACAUACAUAAAAACAUACAAGCAAACAGCGAUACAUACAUAUGUACAUACGAUAAUGUUAAUAUUAUACUAUUAUAUGUAUGUACACAUACGUAAACCCAUAGGCGCAAUCACGUUACCAAAUUUCCAUACAUACCACACGCAUGCAUUCUAGUAAUCAUCUAGUAAAAUGCAAAAGUCUUGAAGUGAAAGCUGUUUAGAGUUGCCAACACGUACACAGAAACACUUACACACACACACAACCCGACACAAGUAAAGUACACUCAGAGCAAAAAACAAAAAACACUCGUUACCGCGUAACCGGUUACUACUCGCUUUUAUUGCUUAACUCUGCCAAAAUAAUUACUUAUCAAUAAAAAAAAUGUAUAUGUAAUAAUUAAAUUGAAGUGGAAAAUAUUGAAAAUAUAUGAAUACAUUUAAAUAAGCAAAACUAGCAUUAAUAAAAAGUCAGCAUAAUUCAUGAGAAAUAAAUAAAUAAAUGCAAUAAGCAACGAUGAGAAAUUAAGCACAGCAAGAAAAAAAGUAACAACACACAAGAAUACAACAAAUGCAAUAGUGCAUUGGUAUGCAUGUUAUUCGCUUGUAUGCGUACGUUUUUUUAUUAAGAAAAAAAUUUAUUAGCAUUAUAUUACAGUAGCGUGCAAAAUAAGUGCAAAAAAUAUAUUAAAAAAAUAAACAAGCGCGUUGCGAAUUGCUUAUGGAAAUUACAAAAUAAAUACAUUUUUUGAAAAUAAAUAUUAAUCAUUUAAGAACCUCGCCUUGUUUUUAAUAUGUACAUACAAUAUAUAUAUGUAUGUAUAUUUACAAAUAUAUAUAUGUAUAUUUAAUAUAUAUGUAAAUGAGUUGUUUAUUUAAAAUUUUUUUGACCGCCUUGCAAUAAAUGCAGUUUAGCAAACAGUAAAUACACACGUGCGUGAAUUAUAUUUAUUGCAACAAAAAAAAAACAAAUGCGGCAACAGCAAUUAAAAAAUGGCAUAACCAAAACAAUAAACAAUAACAAUUACGAUUUUUUUAUAAUACGCAACAUUAGUGUUUAAAUAAAGUUAUAAAUUGAAGAAAAGACAAAAGCGAACGCAUUGUUAUUUAAAAGACCAAUUUCAAUAAUUAGCAUAUUUAAGUGACUAAUGAAGAAAAUCAAAACAAAAAUUCAAAUAAAAUAAUAUAAAUAAAAAAUUAUUGAGCAAAAGAUAUUAAAAAAAAGAAAAACAAAUAUUGCAAAUAAAUCAAAUCGCAACUGCAAUAGGCCGAAUUAAUGUAUACAAUUAUUAUUGAAGACAAAUACAACAACAAAAAAUAUAAAAGAUAAUAUUAAUUUAACGCUAUAUUGCAAUAAGCAAUUUAAAAACCAAACAAAAAACAAUAAUAUGGCAAGCGAAGUAUGGGGGAAAGAAAAAUAACGCGCAUACGGGGGAGCACGGAAUGAGACAAAUAAAAUAAAUUGGCAAAAUUAUGAAUACAAUUCUUUUUCAAUAAAGUCGAAAGCAUACGCAAAUAUAAA